AUGGAUGCAUGCUCAGAGUCUCGGCAGAGGAAAGAUGGCGCCUUCCACUUCCCUGUGUUCCACAGGAAGCACCCGUGUGUUGACGAAGACCCAUCGACGAUCCACGCAGCAAGCGUAUCAGACGCAGGCACCGUGAUUGGGAACGACAAGAUCCAUCAAGGCAAGUACUUCAUGGCCAUCAGGCUGGGCACCCCUGCCGUCUUCAACCUCGUCACCAUCGACACCGGCUCCACCCUCUCCUGGGUCAACUGCAAGAGGUGUCGGAUACGGUGCCACGAGCAGGCGGCCGAAGCUGGCCCCAAGCUGGACCCUCACCGCUCCGCCACGUACCGUCACGUCGGCUGCUCCGACGAGGACUGCCUCGACAUCCAGGCCGACAACGGCGUCCCCUACGGCUGCGUCGACGAGACGGACACCUGCCUCUACGGCCUGCGCUACGGGUCGCAGUACUCGGCGGGGAAGCUCGGGAGGGACAGGCUCGCCCUGGGCGACAACUACACCAUCGUCGACGACUUCGUCUUCGGGUGCAGCGAGGACGACAUGUUCUACGGCCUCGAGGCGGGCGUCAUCGGCCUCGGCGACAAGCGUUACUCCUUCUUCAACCAGAUGGCACGGCUGACGACCUACAACGCCUUCGCCUACUGCUUUCCCGGCGACCACCGCGCCGAGGUUUUUUAUGCUCUCGCCGAGGCGAUAGCGUCGGCGAUGCAAGAUAAGGCGUAUUACCGUGAGUACGGUCGGAAGGUCUGCUUCAGGCCUGCCGGCGGCGAGCCGGUGAACUGGAGGAGCUUGCCGACGGUGCAGAUGCAGCUCCUAAGGGCUACGCUGGAACUGCCGCCGGAGAAUGUGUUCCAUCAGCAGUCAACUGAUCGCAUAUGUUUGGCGUUCCAGUCGAAUGACGCUGCUGGCGUGCCGGAUGUUCAGAUUCUAGGGAACAAAGCCCUGAGAUCUUUCAGGGUUGUCUAUGAUCUGCAGAAGAUGACCUUUGGCUUCCAAGCCCGGGCGUGUUGA